AUGGAGGUGGAGGUAGAGAGUGCUUCGUCCGGACCUCCAGUAGAUGUUCCAAAUCCGACUUCUCCUGCUCCUCCUACACCUGGCGGUAAUAAAAGUGUUGUUGUGACUACCGCUACUGCAGGCUCCGUUACGGUGUCUCUACAUCCUUUAGUCAUUAUGAAUGUGUCAGAACAUUGGACUCGCCUGCGUGCUCAAGAAGGAUCCCCACAGACCGUGAUUGGUGCUCUCAUCGGUAAACAAAAAGGUCGCAACAUAGAGGUUAUGAAUUCCUUUGAACUUGUAUUUAGUGUUAUUGAUGGUGAUAUUAUUAUUGAUAGAGAUUACUAUAAUUUGAAAGAAGAACAAUUCAAGCAAGUGUUUUCUGACAUGGAUUUCCUUGGAUGGUAUACUACAGGGGAUACACCAACUGAGCGUGAUAUUGCAGUCCAUAGACAAAUUUGUGAUAUUAAUGAAUGUCCUGUUAUGCUAAUGCUUAAUCCUGCUGGAAGAAAUGGUGAUCAACUACCAGUAGUGUUAUAUGAAUCUGUUAUUGAUGUUGUAAAUGGAAGGGCAACUAUGCUUCUUGCUCCCCUUACUUACACACUAGCAGCUGAGGAAGCAGAAAGAAUUGGUGUAGAUCAUGUUGCCAGGGUUUCAUCAGGCGAAGCUGCAUUGAAUAGCUUAGUGGCUGAGCAUUUAACAGCCCAGCGGUCUGCUAUCAAGAUGCUUGUAUCACGAGUCCGCGCUGUGCUGGCGACAGUACGCGCUAUACGCGACGGCACAUUGCCACCACGUCCGGCGUUGUUACGGGAAGCGAGAGCGUUAUCCAAUCGCUUGCCCCUACUCACUUCGCAGCAAUUUCGCACACACUUUUAUAACCAAUGCAACGACGUUGCACUCAUGACAUACCUGGGCACAAUUACCAAGGGCUGUAACGCAAUCAACCAACUAGUCAAUAGGUUUAACGUUCUAUAUGACAGACAAGGUAUGGGGCGCCGGAUGAGGGGUCUUUUCUUUUAG